AUGUCGCAACAUCUGAGUGACUCCGAUAGAUUUGUUCAACCUGCUAUUCCUCGCUUUGAUGGUCAUUAUGAUCAUUGGAGCAUGUUGAUGGAGAAUUUUUUAAGGUCAAAAGAAUAUUGGUCUGUCGUUGAGGAUGGAAUCCAAGAACUAGAAUUUGGAACUAGUUUGACAGAUACACAGAAGAUGGAGAUUGAUGCACAAAAGUUGAAAGAUUUGAAGGCCAGAAAUUAUUUGUUCCAAGCAAUUGAUCGUUCAAUCCUUGAAACGAUUCUUUGCAAGGAUACGGCAAACCAUAUUUGGGACUCAAUGAAAAGGAAGAUGCGUACUCAUGGAGAACAGCUUGGAGAUGUUGUUGUCAUUGAAAAAAUUUUACGAUCCUUGUUGCCGAAAUAUAAUUUUAUUGUCUGCUCAAUUGAGGAAUCAAAAGACCUCAAUGCUUUUUCCAUUGAUGAGUUGGAGAACUCAUUAAUGAUUCAUGAGUCAAAAUUUGUUUUACAGGAGAGUGAGGAGCAAGCACUACAGGCACUAUCGACUCACAAAGAUUGUGGGCAUGGUAACAACAAAGGGAGGGGAAGAAGCGCCGAUAAGAGGAGAAAUGUUUGGGAUUAUCGCAUACCUGAUAGGAAGCCAAAAGCUAUAGACAAAUCCCAGAUUCAAUGUUUUCGAUGUCACAAGUAUAGUCAUUACUGUAGUGAAUGCUAUACCAACCUGAGUGGAAACAGUGACGGAGGUCGAGGUUGUAACACCCCUAUCCCGUAA